UACAACCUGUCUCUCUCGCUCCAUACUUGAUUGGUCGAUACGUUUCCUCUCAGUCAAUAAAAUGCAGAGUGAGAGAGAUGGAAUAUCCCGAGUAUAUGUUUCGUUCUCUCAUCAUUUCAGGUUCAGUUUUCGUGAGGUAGUCGGAUUGGGUAGCUACCUCCGAUAGUAUAUGCUCUAAAAUCUAGAAAUAUACAUAUGCAGUGCAAAUCUUAUGACUUGAUUUCCGUCAUCCUCUUUGGUUGUGUAUGUAUGGAGUAUGACAGUUCUCAUUCUUUACGGAAGCCCUGUGGGGACAUCUGUUAACACGCACUGUCGGUAACAAAAUACAACAAAUACAACCGACACUGUCCACAUUCUUGCCAGAAUUUGGUGACGCUGUACGGCAGUUUCAAACUUUGAAAAUGGCGUCGUCGCUCGACGAUGAGUCGCUGCGCGACAUUAAAUCUCACUCUACACAUUCCAUCGAGCAAUUGGAAUGGGUGCCCUUAUCCCUUACGCUCGUAGAAUAUCCGGCAGGUGAUCUGAUUGGGAAGUUUUUGGCAUUGAUAAGUUUAAUGCCAUUCGCUGUUAUUGCAGGUUUUUUAACGCUAGUGCUAUUCAGAAGAGAUUUACACACUAUAGCAUUCUUAGGGGGUGUUGUUGUUAACGAGGUUGUCAACUUUUCUCUCAAACAUGCAAUACGAGAAGCACGACCCAUCAGGCGGGAAGUUAUAUACACAGAGUACGGAAUGCCUUCUGCUCAUACUCAGUUUAUGUGGUUCUUCGCUACAUACGCAACAAUAUUCGUAUUUGUUAGAUUACAUCAUAAUAACAACAGCACAGUAUCAGAGAGAUUUUGGCGGAUAACUAUAAUCGCCAGCUGUGUAGGAGUCGCAACCCUUGUUGCUUUUAGCCGCAUUUAUUUGCAAUACCAUUCUAUUGCACAAGUUCUUUGCGGCGUGAUUGUAGGAAUCUUUGUCGGCAGCGUCUGGUUUCUAGUUACUCAUCUAGUCCUCACACCAUUUUUUCCAAUUAUUGUAUCAUGGCGAAUAUCAGAAUAUCUAUUGCUACGCGAUACAACAUUGAUUCCAAACGUACUAUGGUUCGAAUAUACAAAUGCACGAGCCGAAGCCAGAGCUAGAUCACGGAAGUUGGUGUCCAUGAAGUCUCAGUGACGACUGAUGAUCGGUCAGUGGGCUGACAACAAAUAAAAUAAAUUAAAUUUUACAUUUUGCAGUCUAGACUUAAGACCUACAUUACGAGACUUGAGAUCCAAGAAUUAGACGUAAAUCUCAAAUCCGAAGUGGGAAUUAUUUCGUCGGAUUGUAUUCGAAAUCUAAAUUUGUAUAAAAAACGUUCCGAAUUAAACUGUUAAAAAAACGAAAAACAAAAUAACAAAUAAACAACAAAACAAUACUGAUGCUCGAAUAGGAGCAGGCGAGGUAUACACAAAAGAAAAAUGACAAAUUUUUGCAAUUACAGUUCAAUAAUAAUAAAUAAUAAUGAUAAAAAUUGAUGAUAGUGUAACAAGUGACAAUUAGUCAAGGGCCUUAAACGGGUAAAUUGAAUGAACUCAAUCAGUAAUAGAUGUUCCGUUUAUUUUCACAUUACUCUCACAGUGUAACGUGGCAUGAAGGCUGAUUGUAGUAGGAUUAUACUGUUUACAUGUAGGUGUACACAAAUUUUUUACUCAAGAAACGACGCAAGCAUGACAAGGCAAAUGAUUUUAUCCAAAGUUUUGUUGAAACAACACCAUCUUGUCGGUUUUCGAAUGGGCGUAUACCAACGUGCAGAGUAAUUGUUUGCCGUUAUGAACUGUGUACCCCAUGAUGCUAUAUCGUAUAUAAUAAUGAAAUAACGAAUAAUUGAAAUCACUGAAUUUCGCGUGAUUGCAAGUUUUCGAUUUUUCCUUCCAAUGAGUAAAUCUAGGUAAAAGGAAUAUAUUACAUACAUAUGUGUAGUAUUAAUGGUAUUCAUAAUUGACUAAAUUAUUAAAUAAAAUUUUCAUUUUAUACAAUAUGAUACAUAUUUUUCUAUCUAGAAAUUAGUGUUGUUGGUUUUUCAUAUUAUUUUAUUAAGCUUCACAUUUUAUUUCUUUAGAUAUUAAUAAUAUAUGACGCAUUACAUACUAUAGAAUAUACGAUAUUUAAAAUGAAGAUGCGAAAUAUCUGUACUGACCGAUAACAGCAAUAGUAAAACUAAUGAAUAGGCAUGCUUUGAAAGGCAGCAGUUAUCACUUAAUUAUUAUACCCCAGUAUGGGUUCUAACAAAUUGAUACUCGAAUAUAUCCACAUGUAAGGUAUAAAUCGGUUACUCGGAAAUAUUCAAGAGCAAACAUGUAUUUGCUGAGUUCUCAAUACUGAAAAGACUACGACAGAUUUUUACCGAUUUCGGGUCUUUAAAUAGAAAGAAAAGAAACAAAAAAAUUAAUAAUUCUUCAACUAUUUGUUGUUGAUUAUGUUCUAGUGAUAUAGUAAAUGGUAAAUGGGUAGUGUAAAUAAUAUAAAUAAAUUGUAACAAAAGCGCACAAUUCUAUAGACUUAAGAACAUUGAAUUAAUUAAGACAUUGUCGACGGAUUUACCGUCUGGAAUGGUUAUACAGUAUAUAAAAAAGAAAAAAUACACGAUUAUCUCGGAAUAAAUUUGAGUUAUUCACAUGUAACAACAGGCAAUGAGAAACAAGAAACCGAGAGAAAAAAAUAAUUGUGAAAUAGGAGUAGCGUUCUUACAUAUUUUAGUUUGGAAUCAUCGCACCUUAUCGCAUAACCGUGAGAUUUACAGGUGAGAAAAAUUUUCAAUAAAUAUACCCUUUUCUGAUA